AUGUUCAGACAGCUACUGCUUCUGAGUACGAGAGCAUUUUGCUCCAGUCGUUUUGUCCAAAAUUCGGCAAAUCACCAAAAUCCCUUUUUGUAUACCUCCAAUGUGACAGAUUUAGCAUCAAAGAUUGAGGCAUCAAUCACCAUGAGCAAAGAGGUGUCUUCCCAGACAGCUUUGGAGGCACUAAGAGCAUGCAGAGUGUUGCAGCAUGAGAUUUAUCAGUACGACAAGUUCGAGCAAGAUCCCGCCAACAAGAGGAUUCAGAAAAUGAUAGAUGUCAUCUUGAUUGAUGAGAAGGUGAAGUUUGAUGGUAAUCUCUUGAAACAAGUGUUUCUCCUCAAAUUCCCAGCACCCACGACAAUCAAGAUUAUUCAGAAUUACUACAAAAGAGACCCCAGGGCCGUCAUCGACAUGAAUACCGCAUUGAUUGCGCUCCGAGACUCGUUGUACAAUGGCGAUAUUAACAGUGCCGUCAAGAUCACCGACUUGACCGCUGGAUACCCUACCUAUAUUCAAAGGAAGAACGAUCAGUUGCGUAGGGGAGUCUACCAGCUAGCUGCCACUGCCAUAGGUAUCACAUUUUUCUCCAAAGUGGGCGUGCAGCAGGUAAUUGAUAUGGGAUGGCUCUCUCCAGCAUGGAAACACUUAGGAUCUAUCAACGCCAUGGUUUUGACAUACCUUUUGAACUCAAGUUUUUUUGUGGCAAUUGUUAAGUUCGGUAGACAGUUGAGUUUCGCUGGUGGUGACUACUUGACGUGGCAGAAGGGUACGUUCUACACUCAUUGGUACAAGCAUGCAGACGAGAUGGCCAUGUGCACCCGAAUUGUUGAAACUGAUCUCAAGUUGAAUGGCGGACUCGAGAACACUCCAUCUUUGAUGGAAGAGUUGUGUCUCAAAGACGAAAAUGUGAGCAACCACCAUACUUUGCAACCUGGGUUGACCAGAGAAGGCAAGAAGGUCCGGUUGCUAGAGCCCAAGGACAACCUCGAGGAUUUAAAAUUGCAGGCCUACUGGAUGAGUGGAGGUGAUGGUUUUGAGUGGGUAGAGCCAGACCAAGACCCUGCGGAGAUUUUGUGGAGGCAACAUUUAGCCCAACUCCAUAGACCUGGGUUGAACAGUUCCAGUGCUAAGAGUUUGAAGUGGGCUGAAGAGUUGAUCGAGAAGCCACAAUAG